CUAUUUUCGUGUUCUGUGAGCUAAUCUAACCUCUUUAAUGACAUCAAUUUGUUGAGUGGAAUUUUUGUGUAGUGUGCAAUUUGUAUGAUAAAGAUUACAAUUCUAGCACUAAUCAGAUAAUAUGGGUAAAGUAAGAUCAACCACGGGUCCCCCCCGUAAACAGGGAUUCAAUCGUUCUGCACAUUCGAUGAACCCAGAGAGACCAACGGAAGGUCUCAAAGGUGUAGGAAAAGUCCGUACCAAGGGUACCAUCAAGAGGCUGCAGAUGUACAGAAACUUCAAGGCUAAACGUGACAAAACGGGAAAAAUUCUGACACCAGCACCAUUUCAGGGUUGGUUGAAUUCAGGAAGUGUUGCUAGGGUUGAACCAAAUCAAAAGUGGUUUGGAAACAGCCGUAUCAUUUCUCAAAAUGCUCUGCAGAAGUUUCAGACAGAAAUGGGAGAAGCUAUGAAAAACCCUUAUAAGGUUAUAAUGAAACCAACAAAUUUGCCAGUGACUCUUCUGAAUGAGAAAGCAAAAAACGCAAGAGUACAUUUGUUAGACACAGAACCAUUUGACUAUGUCUUUGGACCUAAAAAACAGAGAAAACGACCAAAAAUAGCUGCCAGGAGUGUUGAAGAAUUAGUUGAACAAGCAGAAAAAAAAUUAUCCGAGUAUAAAAAUGAGGAAGACUCUAACAUAAAGAAAGAUACUGGUGGGGUGAAGGAUCUCCCUAGGGAUUGGGUGAUGGCUGCAGGUCAGUCAAGACGGAUUUGGCAAGAACUACACAAGGUUGUGGAUAGUUCCGAUGUUUUAUUGCAAGUAUUAGAUGCAAGAGAUCCUUUGGGAACACGAUCUGCCUACCUGGAGAAAUUUUUGAGAACAGAAAAACCUCAUAAACAUCUAAUAUUCAUUCUGAAUAAGGUUGAUCUAGUGCCUGUUUGGGUGACCCAGAGAUGGGUUGCUAUUUUGAGUGCCGAAUAUCCAACUGUAGCUUUUCAUGCUAGUAUCACACAUCCAUUUGGUAAAGGAUCUCUUAUCAAUCUGCUGAGGCAAUUUGCAAAAUUACACAUUGAUAAGAAACAAAUAUCGGUGGGAUUCAUUGGUUAUCCAAAUGUGGGGAAAUCCUCUAUAAUAAAUACUUUGAGGAAAAAGAAAGUGUGUAAAGUAGCCCCCAUUGCAGGAGAAACAAAAGUAUGGCAGUAUAUAACGCUCAUGAGACGAAUUUAUCUCAUUGAUUGUCCUGGAGUCGUUUAUCCCUCUGCUGAAACUGACAAUGAAAAAGUUUUGAAGGGAGUUGUGAGAGUUGAACUUGUCAACAAUCCAGAAGACUAUAUAGAAGAAGUUUUAAAAAGAGUGAGAAAAGAGUACAUUCAGAAAACCUACAAAAUCAAUGAAUGGUCUGAUCAUAUUGAUUUCUUAGAACAACUAGCUAGAAAAUCUGGAAAGUUAUUGAAGAAAGGCGAACCAGACAUUACAACUUCAGCAAAAAUGAUGUUGAACGACUGGCAAAGGGGUAAACUACCCUUUUAUGUGUCACCACCUGGGUUUGAGGAGCCACUUCCUAAAAAGGACGAUAGUAAUAUUGGCGUUGCUCAGGACUUCAGAAAAAUCAAGGUUAAUUUGAAUUAUGAAGGAGAGGAUGUUAAGGAAUUGGAACCUAUGGAACUUGAUGGUGAUAGUUCGCAAAUUGACGCUUCAUCCAUCUCUGAUUACACUGAAUAUAAUGAUAGUAUAAACUCUGAUGAAGACGACUCAGAGGAAGUAAUGUCCUCAACACUUGACGAAUCCAAUAUUUCCACCCAGGAUAAAGAACUUACUACAUAUGAUUCUGAUUCUGAAUUCAGUAACCCUUACUCUGAUAUGGAAAAUGAACCUGAAAAAAUAAUAACAGAGAGUGGAUCAUUUUGUGUAGAUGACUUGUCCAAUGAAAAGAAAAAGCAGAAGAAAACAGAUAAGGAAGUAAACGAUGGGGAGGUUUCGAAGAAAAAGACUAGUAAACAAAAAAGAGCAAUUGAAAGAGCCAAUAAGAGAAAGAAGAUUGGAAGCAAUUUCUAUGAGGUUACAAAUGUGAAAAAUAGAAACAAAAAUAAGAAGAAAAUAGUGAAGAAAUAGGAAAAAACAUGGUUUUUAAAGUGCAAACAUUUGGAAUCGUUGAAAUUAUUCAAUAAGAUAUUGUAAAUAUGCAAAAAAUUCAAAAAGUGUUGUUGUAAAUAUUUGAAUAAACAUUUCACAAUAAA